AUGGCCUCCGAUUCUGCACCACCGAGCAAGGUCUUCCUCGGGAUCGGCGACGACUACAACGACUGGCGCAGCAAGAUCUUCUACGUGGUGAAGUCAAGGUCACCGCGCAACUCAAGAACUCACGGCUACGAGAGCGCCUUGACGGAUCACCAACGCGGCCAAUCAAGCUCUCGCCAGAGAUCUUUCCAGGCUGCCAUUAUCAUUCACAGCCAUGUCUCGAUUGACAUCCUCGAGCGCGUGCCCGACAACGACAGAAUGGAUGCGCCGCGUCUCUUGGCCCACCUGAAGACCACGUGCAAGGCAUACGAUUUCAUGGCACACACUGCUGAGAUCCGCAGCCUUAUCUACUCAUUCCUGCCUGGCUUUCCGAGCGAUAAAAAGAUCAUCAGAGCUGCGGAUAUGCUGUAUCUCGGCUCGAAGAAGCACGACAGGCUCAAGGGCCGGCGCAACGUCAUGCCUGCCGUCGCGCAAGUUUGCACAAUCAUGCGCAUCGAAACAUCCAGGGCCAUCUUCAGGAAUCGCGUGUUCAGCUUCCAAUUCGGACGCGCCGCCCCCGCGCAUCUAAUCCACUCGACAUUCAAGACUUGGAUCAGCCAGGUUGCGCAACAUCACUACCAUCAUAUUGGGGGAUACCGCCUCCUAUUCAACUUCAACAUGCAUCCAAUCAUAAUCACGCUGACCGCCGGUGCAGACAACAAGAUACACUUGGAAAAGAAGAAGCCUAACAGAUACCAUCCUGGGCGUAAGGAGUGGUCCGCCAAAUUGAACAAGAAGGUCCUUCAAGCGAACAAGAAGUCAGCCGCGACGGGUGGAGAGGCGCUUCGUCAGAUGAUUCUCGACAAUGCCGAGAUGUGGACGACGUACUGA